AUUUGUUGUGAAUAACUCACCCGUCUCAAUUCACCUCUCUCAUUAAAAAAUUAUUCUGGCGCAAGGAGAGAACAUAACGAGCACCUUCCAAAUUUUCACUGCCGAACGAGCCACAAAUUUUUCACAUAUUUAUUAGUUACCCAAUUAAUAAUAAAACCUUCAUUGCUGCCGUUACCAUUAUUAAAUUAACUUAUCUAAAUAAUAAUAAUAAUAAACAUGUCUUCACACGACGUGGAAAAUGCAAAGGAGACCGUUCUCUCUUGGAUCGAAACUGCUGGGACGACUCAGAAGCUUGCUUUUUUCAAACAGGUGGGAAAAUUUAUGACUUUAUCGGAAAUUAAGAUGGCCCAAAACAUCCUUGGUCACGCCAAAAGGGCAGAGAAAAAACUAGCUGCAAACGUUUACGAGCCUAAAAAUCCCUUUCUACCUACAAAAAGUCAUAUCCUGCAAAAUAUCCUAUCAUCAAGGCCUACAUUUUCGAGAGAUGGAUCAUCAUCAUCACAGCUAAACAAGACUUUUGACAGUAAAUGCUUGGCGAAAUCUGAUAUUCCGUGUUCAAGUCGGUCUAAUUCCACUGGUGGCAGUGGAAGUGGAGGGACAUUAAGUAUUAAAGGGUCUCCCCAUCCCUCUCAAGAUAACAGGGUCAGAUGCCCGGUGAAAACGUGUCGCGAAAUGUUCGACUCGUAUAACGCUUUUAGCCAACAUAUUCAAACCGUGCACACUACUUGGGAGAGGAAAUGCCUCAUUUGUGGGGUGAAAUUUGAAGAGGUGGACAAGAUUUGUUAUCAUCUGAUAAAUAUGCAUGGCUCAUCAGCAGCAGCGGAGGGAGACAUCGAUGGACGAAUGGUUGCCACCGAGAGUCGUGAAGAUGACGAAAUAGAUGGCGAAACUGGAAUUAAAAUCAAACAGGAAGUCAACGACGAAAUGGACGAUAUGAAAGUUGAGCAUGACGAGGAGUGGGGUUUCAUCAGUGGGGUAUUUCGGGGGUAAUUUCUGAAAUGCUUCCCCUCUAGGAUUAAACGACGGUGUUAGAAAUAUCUAAUUUUGUACUGAUAUUAAUGAGUCCCCCCAUUAAAAUUUUUGACUUUCUUUCAUUACGUUACCUGUGACUUACUCUGUUAAUUUAAAUACAUAUUCUAUGACAAUUUAUAAUCGUUUAUGUAUUUUUCAUAUAUUUUUCAUGUAUUUUUUAUAUUCUCGGUCAAAUACAUAAUUGUUCAGCCAAUAAUCUUCCCAAAAUGUUCUAUAUUAUCAAUUAUUGAAAAAUGUAGGAAAUCUUUUCAUUCCAAACUCAGACUGAAAGCAAAUUUGGAUAUUUAUACAUAUAAAUAUGUAGUUAUUAAAUAUUAACUGGUAUGAAGUACAUACUUGUGUGAACAUUUUGACAUAGGUACAU